AUGGCUUCUCAGCACAGUGAGCACUGUUUCACCGCUGCUGCACAAUCCGGCACCCCAGUUGGCCGUCAAGAAGAGAUCGCCAGCGUACAGACUUAUGUAUCUGAGCCUAAAAAUCCCUCAGAGUCCAAGGCCGUCAUCCUUUACUUUUCUGAUGUCUUCGGUCCUUUCAUCAUCCACAAUCAGCUCACUAUGGACUAUUACGCAUCUCAUGGGUUCACGGUACUCGGCCUCGACUACUUCUUUGGCGAACCUAUGCAGGACUGCAUGAAUAAACCAGACUUCGACAGGGCGGCAUGGAUGGAAAAAGCAUAUAGUAACGCCAAGACGCAUACCCGCCCAUGGGUCGACGCCGUCGUGAAGAAAUAUGGCUCAGACAAGAAAUACUGUGCUGUUGGCUUUUGCUUUGGCGGUCCGCCCGUAUUCAACCUCGCCAAGGAGGAUGGGUUAAUUGUAUGCGGUGCAAUCGCUCACCCUGCCGCUCCCUCCGAGGAGCUAACAGAGAUCGACGAAUGCACAGUUCCGAUUCUCUUUUCCUGCGCCGAAACCGACCGCACGUUCCCUAGAGAGACACGUCGUAAAGUCGAAGACAGGCUCGUCGAGCAAAAGAAGACAUACUACUUCCAGAUCUUCAGCGGUGUAAAUCACGGAUUUGCUGUUAGGUGUGAUCCGAACGUGGAGAACGAGCGAUGGGCGAAGGAAGAGUGUCAGCGCGGCAUGGUCGCGUGGUUCAAGCGUUUCACAGCCUAA